AUGCUCAUCCUAAUCCGUCGACUAAGACGGACCACCCUCCGCUCCCUCCUGCAGCUCGUCUUCUUCCUCCUCGCCCUAGACGCCUACUUAAUUGUCCGCAACCGCCCCGUCACUGACUACCCGGACCACAUCCCCCCUAGACACCCAGGCAACGAAACCUUCUUCAUCGCCAGUAUCCACCGCAACAAUGGGCCCAUACUGGGCCAGCCCAUGUCUGAGAACAUCCUGAAGCUCGUCGACUACCUCGGCCUAGACCGCGUGCACUUCUCCGCCGUCGAGUCGGGCUCCCAAGACGACACCAAGGACAAACUUUCUGCUCUCAAAGAGAAACUCGACGCAAAGGGCGUCCAAAACACCAUUUCCCUAGGCAAGACGGUCCAUGAGCAGCUCGACGAGAUCCACGACCGGCCCCCGGCGUCCGGCCUCACCCCGCCACCGCCGGGAUGGAUCUGGAACGCAAAGGAGGGUCACUUCGACAUGCGCCGCAUCACGUAUCUCGCCCGCGAGCGAAACCGCGCAAUGGAGCCCCUGAAGGCCCUCGGCGAGAAGGGCGUAAAGUUCGACAAGGUCAUCUGGCUGAACGACGUCGUAUUCGAGACCCUGGAAGUGGCCAUGCUGCUGGGCACUCGCGGGGGCGACUUCGCCGCCGCCUGCGGGAUGGACUUUACGCUGUGGCCGUACUACUACGACACCUUCGCCCUCCGCGACGACCUGGGGCUGAAGACGGCGUCGUGGUACUGGCCGUGGUUCCACAGCGCCCGCGCGCGGGCGUCGGCGGAGGCGAUGCGGCCUGUCCAAGUCAAGUCGUGCUGGAACGGCAUCGUCGCGUUUGAUGCGGCGCCGUUCUAUGCCGAGACGCCGCUGCGUUUCCGGGCCAUCGACGACAGCCUUGCGGCGUUGCACCUCGAAGGGUCCGAGUGCUGUCUCAUCCACGCGGAUAACUACCUCAGUCGUGAGAAGGGCGUGUGGUUGAAUCCCAACGUGCGUGUUGGCUAUAAUGAAGAGGUGUUUCGCCAGACCAGGCUGGACAGGUUUCCGACGCCAUGGACGGCGGUGGUGGGCAUAUGGGCCAACAGAUACCUUAGGGCCCGGAACAGCAUUCAACUUGGGCUGGAGGCGUGGGUGGUUGAGAAGAGGCUACGACGGUGGGUUGACGAGACUCCGACGAGUGAACUGCCGCGGAAGGAGCCAGGUAAGAUGUGUCUCAUCAAUGAGAUGCAAAUCAUGUGGAUGAACGGAUGGAAACACAUAUAG